UGUUUUUUUUUCGUGCAGUCGACAACUAACAGCUGAGGUCAGAACUAUCGUGUUUCAUUGUUUGCUCAUCUCUCAUCGUACCUGUUUCUUCUUCAUUAUACAAUCAGCCAUGUCCGCCACGUGUUUGACUUCCGGGAGCCAACAUAAUCUCAACGUGCCGGUUAUUUCCAGUGCUACUAACAAAGGUGCUGGUGGUGAGAAGGCGAAAUUUUUGACGCCGACCUUGCGUCGUUCUCCCACAGGCCGAUUACCUCAUUCGUCUGGAAAGAUUCAAAGUGUCGAUCGCAAUUCACUUCGGGUGCCAUCGCCGUUCGCCCACCAACAACGUCGCAGCAGCCCUUCGUCUCCUCGCAGUGUUAACAUUCAAGACAGGUUGAUUCCAUGUCGCUCGCAGACGGAUAUGCAGCUGGCUCAACAUCUUUUGUCACCCCUGUCACAUCGUGCCGGCGAUCAUGACGACUCUGAGCAACAGGACAGCUCCCGCCAAGUCACGCGAAUUCUCAACUUUGGCACUAAAGUUGUGAAAGCGAAACCAUUCAGCCUCGUUACGGCCUCUUUGGCUUGUGGUACGACUCCUAAACCCAAAUUUAAAAUCCCCACUAAACCCGAUCGAGUUAUGGCUGCCCCGGGGACUUUUCUCGACUGCGGUUCCCAGAGCGCUCACUGGGCGCCAUCGGCCAGUUUGGUGGUGGCCUUAGAAACGGGCGUUUACGUCUGUCAAAUCAACGAGGACUCUAACGUGACCGAAAUUUGCAACAACAACCAGACUCCGGAAAAUCCAUUCUGCCAAGUUAUUUGGGAUAGCGCUGGUGAAUCGGUCGUCUGCGGGAAAGCGGGUGGUGAAAUACAAAUCCGCGAUCUGCGCACACCCCUCCGUCAAAUCAAGUGGCAGAUGUUGUCCAACCACGCCAUUCGAUCGAUCGCACUAGAGCAAGAUCAGCUACUAACCUGCGGCACCGUGAGCCACGGGGUUCGGAUUUACGACCUCCGCCAAACGGGUGGGUCCAGUGAACCCAUUUUAUCGUUGGGAUCGCGUACCAGCGUCAACAGCCUCUCCUGGUCCAUCAACGGACAUUUACUGGCUGGCGGCUGCGAGUCUGGACAAAUUUACUUGUGGGAUGUCCGCCAGCCAUCAAAUGAAAUCAAAAUUUUCAAAACCCAAGACAAAAACCCCAUCCAAGUCGUGAAUUGGUGUUCCUGGAAAUCCAGUGUUCUGUUUAGCGGCUCCAGUUUCCCAAAGCCCAGCAUCUGCCUUCACAACACAGCGACGGGAGUGUUGAUUGGCGACUAUGAAUGCGCAUCAGAAGUUUCGGGGAUCCAAUUCAACGCUGAUCUGAAACAAGUUGCCACUUCACAUCAUUCGUGUCUACCCGAAGCGGCGGCUACUGCUGCUGCUGCGACUCAUAUUCAUGGUGCAGAAAGCACCGUUCAGCUCUGGCAACUGACUUCUAACAAAUUGAAUCCCAUCCUGCAACUAGACCAGCACGAAGAUGGUAUUGUCAGCAUGGCUGCAUCCGUCAAUGGUUGUCAAUUGCUCACCAUGGGCGGCGAUGAGUUGCUGUGUUUAUGGCACUGGAACGAAACCGCCCAUCAUUCAAAUGCAAACAAGGCGGGGUUCCAGACCGCUCGUAGUCAAUUGAAUGCAUGCGACCUUAUUCGCUAGUCCUACAUUUUAUCAAACAAAUUUUCUUUUUCAACCAACAAAUUAUUUCAAUUAAUUUCAAUCGUGUCAUUUUUAAAAAGAUAUAUUCUAUUGUAAGUAAAAAAUACACUGAGGUAGUUAUUUAACAAAACAA